UGGAACGCUUUAGGAAUGGUCAGAUUCUGUAAGUUCAGGGUUGACCAUCAAGGGUGUGGCCUGUCUAUAAGAAGUAUCAAAAUUCGGAGAACGACAUUGUUUUAUCAGGAACUGUUAAAUUAUAAACACCAUGAAUUCGAAACUGAUGAUAUUGGCUUGCGCCUUGGCUCUCACAUCUGGUGCUUACAAUGGACCAUUGGCUGGAGGUCAACCAGCUUCUCAGUUCCCAGCAGGAAUUGACCCCAAAGCCUGUCCUAAUUUUCCAGACUGUUCGAGCCCUCUUGUAGCAAUAAGCCAAGCAGCAUCACUUCCCGGAGUACAACAUGAUCCUCUUCAACAAUACAGUCAUUAUCAACAACCAGCUCCACAAGCUUCAAGACAAUUCGCACCACAACAAUAUAAUCAAGCACCACAACAAUAUAAUGCCGCACCUCAGCAAUACAAUCAAGCACCUCAACAAUAUAACCCUGCACCUCAACAACAGUACAACGUUCCUCAAUACAACCUUCCUCAACAACCACAGCGAGUAGCUCAGCCUGCCCAACCACAAUACCCUCCUGAAAUCCAGAAUGCCUUAGACAGAGGAGAAUACAUUGGAGAUGGAGAUUACCAUGGAGAAGGUUUGGCUGAAGCUAUGGCUGUGGGAAAAAUCAAUCAGCGACCAGCAGCUUACCAACAAGGUUACAAUCAAGCCCCUGUUAAUUAUCAACAACCCCAGGCUGCACCUCAGUAUGCUCCCAUUCCACAAUACAGAGAACAAAGACAAUCAGCCCAUCAGUUGCCUGCAGGAGUUGAUGGUGCAAGCUGCCCUAACUACCCCUUCUGUGGACAAUAAGUUGAAGAUAAAGACUGGAUUUUUUCAUAAGUUUAGAUAUGUAUAUUUUUGUAAAAAGUUGUGAAUUGAAUGUUAUAGUAGUUUAACAGUUCCUGUUUGUGAUUUGAUAAUAAAAAUCUAGAAGUUGGA